GAUUUUAGAGAAUUAGACACCACAACUACAAGGGUUACCUAUUUACUCAGUAUGAAUCACUGCUUUUGUUACCCUUCCUUGGACAGAAACCAUCCAUGAAUUUAGCAGCAUUACUUGUCACCUGAGACUUUUACCUUUACCCAAGAAAGGAAUAAAAAAGGUCAGAUGAUGACGGCUGUGUCCUUAACAACCAGGUCCCAGGAAUCAGUGGCUUUUGAGGACGUGGCUGUGUACUUCACUACGAAGGAAUGGGCCAUCAUGGUGCCUGCCGAGAGGGCCUUGUACAGGGAUGUGAUGCUGGAGAACUAUGAGGCUGUGGCCUUUGUAGCAGUGCCGCCCACUUCCAAACCAGCUUUGGUCUCUCAUCUGGAGCAAGGGAAAGAGUCCUGUUUCAUUCGGCCACAGGGAGUCCUAAGCAGGAGUGACUGGAGAGCAGGCCUGAUAGGAUACUUGGAACUAAGAAGAUAUACUUACUUAGCUAAAGCAGUGUUACGUACAAUAGUAUCAAAGAUUUUUCAAAAUCGUCAAUGCUGGGAAGACAGGAGAAAGGCUUAAUUCUUGAUAUUUAAAUACCAGUUUUCCAAGUAAGGAGUUGAUGUAAGAGCUACCUUAAACGAUGUCAAACACACAUUUUCUUUUUCUGUAGACUGGUAGAUUUAAUGUUUUUCAUUCAUUAAAAUAACUCAUUUUGAUGUACAAA